CGACCGCCGGUCACGGGACCUGAUCUCGUACGCGUCGUACAGACACUCGACUCGAAGCUCGGGUGCCCAUGUUGAAGGUCUACAGCACUGCACGUACUUGGUCCAUUGAAGUUGUAUCAUAUGCCAAGGAAGCCUGCCGUCCUGCACAAGAUGAAUAAACGAACACGAAUAUAGGGGAAAAUACAAACACAUACGUACACGUCCUUAGGUGCUGCACGGCAACCCGUCGAGCUCAGUUCAUUAUCUUCUUGCCUGGCAUUUCUAGAACUGGGCGCGUCGCUUCUCCGCCGCGGUCACGGCCUUCGCGAGACUCUGCUCGAACGGCGGGUAGCACACUCCCUCCUCCGUGAUGAUGCCGGUCAAGUAGCGGUUGGGCGUGACGUCGAACGCCGGGUUGAACACUGGGCAGCCCUCUGGCGCGAUGCGAACGCCGCGAAUGCACGCCACCUCGUCGGCGCUGCGCUCUUCAAUGGGGAUGCCCAUACCUUCGAGGAAGUUGAGAUCGAUGGUGCUUGUGGGCACGCACGCGUAGACAGGAACUUUGUUCUCCUUAGCAACCACCGCCAGUUUGUACGUGCCGAUCUUGUUCACGACGUCUCCGUUGGCUGCCACACGGUCAGCGCCGAACAGCACCACAUCCACCUUGCCGGACAGCAUGAGGUAGCCCGCAGCAUUGUCAGCGAUGAGAUGAAUGGGUACGCCCUCCCGCAUGAGCUCCCAUGCUGACAGACGCGCACCCUGCAGACGCGGACGGGUUUCGUCCACCCAUACGUGGACGUUCUUGCCCUGCGCGUGGCACUCGUAGAUGACACCGAUAGCCGUUCCGAUGUCUACCGUGGCCAAAGCGCCGGUGUUGCAGUGGUGCAGGAUGUUAGCGCCGGCCGGCACGACCUCGGCUCCGAACUCGCUCAGUCUCUUAUUGAUGGCCACAUCCUCCUCGGCAAGUGCCUGUGCUACCGUCAGCGUAUACGUCACCAAGUCGGCGACGCUCACGUCCGUCUGCACCUUGGCACGGAGCUCCUUAACCACACGCUCCGUCGCCCAGGUCAGGUUGACGGCCGUAGGUCGCGCGGCGUCGAUGGUCGCCUUGGCCUGCUCCACGGUCUGAAGCAGAUCCUCCUUGGUACUGCUCGCUGUGGCCUGGAAGUUCUUGGCUGCGAUCGCCAAGCCGAACGCGCCGGCCGCGCCGAUGGCGGGGGCGCCGCGCACCGCCAUGUCCGCGAUGGUGCGCGUGACGUCGUCCACCGUCUCGCAGCGCAUCAGCACCAGCUCCGUCGGUAGUUUGCGCUGGUCGAUGAGUUGCAGACCGCCAUCGGUCCACAGCACGGAUCGCAUACGUUCGCCAGCCAUCGUCUCUAUCCGGCCGGUCGCUUGUCAAAUGUGGCAAGUCGAACUUAGUGUUGAUCUUGGGAUUGGCGGGGCGUCGCGCACGAUCUUGAAGCGAUGCAGUGGACUCGCGAGCUCAACGACCUGCUGAACCAGUGUGUGUUUGCCAGCGGCUACGACUUCGAGGCAUCCAGCGAGCUGUUCUGCCAACAGGCCACCAAACUGAGACUGUGGAAUGACAGCGGGGAAGUGGCACUGACGGCGAACGAGUGUCAAGAACAAUGGAUGGUGUUAAACCCAACGGAGGAAGACGACGGCGAAGAAGAUAAAGGAGAAGGCCCAGAGACGCACAGCAAUGAGAAUAGAGACCAGCGCGCCAUUGACGCGAUUGCUGAGGAGGAGGACUAUGUUGUCGUGCCGGAUGGAGGACCUCGACUGGAGCUGUCGCUGUCAGACGCCGAGCUGGAUCAGCUGCUAAGUACACUGCCAUCUAGUGAGGAACCUGAAGCAGACGCAAAGAUGACGAGUCCUCGCAGUGAGAUGCAAUGGGUACUGGCGUUCUUGACAGACCCAGAUGCGAUUGCUUGUGUUGACGCUGAAGCCAAGAACUUGUUGGGAAGUCGUGAAAAGAACGAUGACGACAACUACCAGGGAUUCUUGCAAGACCUUCACGAAGCGAAUCUAAUGGCACCAGCACCGGUCAGUACAGUUGAUAGACAUUCCCAGCAACAGAACAGAGUAGGCAUAGCUCGGGUUAAUAACACCGACGAUAGCGAUGAAGACAGCAGCGAUGAGGAUCAAGAGGAAUGGGAGCGUACUCGACAGGCGAUGAAACGCUCGAUGAAGCUUCAGUAGCUCAUCAGGAUUCAUCGCGGUAUUCAUAAAUAAUGGAUCAUGCUCUAGCAGCAACAUUUUCUGCCUUUCGCCG